AUGGAGGUCAUUGAAGAUGGAAAUAUUAUGGACCGAAUUCCGAUUUUGUUGCAAAGAGAUCUGGAGUACUACCAGAAAAACCAAACAGUGUUAUCAGAAACAGUAUGUAAGGGUGUAGUAGGUGGAAGAUUGGAUUUUCCAAGAAAUGCAUCCUUUGCAGCUGUGAAAAUUGUGUUAUGGCUUGAAGAAGAGUUUUCUAUUGCAUUCAAACAUGGUUCUGGAAUGUUUGUCCACACCAAUGAAGAUGAAAAAAGUGAUACUGGUGUAGCUAAAACUUCAGAUCCUGAUAAAUUUGUUCAGCUUGCAAUAAAAUCUAGUGACUCUUUGAGAGAACAUCUUCACAUGCUAGCGCAAGAAGCUCUUGACCACGCAGAUUUGCCAGUGUUGACCGCUACUCUAGGAGCAGCCGCCUUAUUGAAGAACAGUCUGUACUGUUAUGUGACGCAUAUUGAGGAUAGCGGCAACUCCGAAAGAUAUUCUUUACUUCAGAAUUGCUACAAACGAUACACAACAAUGUCGGAAGCUGUAGGCGAACGAGUAUUAGAUUUGCACAACAGAGUUCUAUCGUUAUAUAUCUUACAAGAUUCCGGUGGGCGGCCUAUAGACGGCAAGGCUAAGACAGUACACGAAUCUGGUACGCCAUCAGUGCAAGGAUGGUGGCUUUAUAUGAAUGGUAGUAGAAAAGAUUUGUGGGAUACAGUACCACCACGGAUGGCGCAGAGAAUAUUUGCCGGUAUGCUGAAUGAAACAUUAACUAUCCUGACUGUUAGAUAUUGUCAGACAAACACAACAGACUCAACAACCCGUUUACUCCUCAACGACAUACUUAAUAUACUUCUAUGUGUGGCACAACUCUUACCGUCCAUAUGCACCAACGGUUCUGACCUAGCUGGUCUAGAUACUAAACAUCAAACGAGAGAUGUAAGAGAUGUUCACGCUAAAUGCAAUGAAUUGUUUAAGUGCUUUGUGUACAGAGGCGCUGAGUUGCACUUUAUUCACCAAACAUUUAAAGAACCAGAAAAUGUAACAUUCACAAAGGAAUGUCCAUUCCCGUGGUACACAUUUGUCAGCCCCAAGUUGUUUGAAUCGUUUGAUGAUACAUCGAUCAAGAGUACGCAGGAUCUCUGCAAUAAGACGGCGCUGGGUUUAGAGCUGAUUGUAUUGUUGGCUCAACCGCAGCCAUCUUGGGCUUUGAUUGUUAAGGUAUUGAUGAUGCGAGACUGCCACUUAUCUCGUCUACUCCUAAUAAGAGCCAUUCGCCAUAUGUCUACGGACAAUUCUCGUUGGCCUGCUGACGGACUGUGGUACAGCGUUCAUGACAGACAGCAAAAGUGCGGCGGGUUUUUGUGCACGGCUGAUGGGUUUUGUCGUUUCAAAAGGGAUAUAAAUGCUGGAGAAGAAUUGGCCAGUGCAGCAGGAGCUCUCACUUACAUAUUGGCAACAAUUGGCAGUAAGGCUGAACUCAAAUCCACGCUCUGCUACGCACUUGAAAUCUCCGGCAGAGAUUGGGCUGGUUGCUUGGAUAAACGACAGGUGUGGUGUGGCAGAAGACCUCCCUGGCUGGCCGGUGUACUUGCUGUAGUUGGUUCUGUUCUCCAAUUUAUCCCGCCAAUACUAGUGAAUGCUGUGCAAAGUGGAGCAUCAAUGUAUCAGACAAUGUCGCUGUGCCUCUCUUGUAUAUCGCGUUCCCUUGAUUGUAUUCCUCGUUCAUUUUUAAACGCCUGUUCAAUCAUGGAAAAUGCUCUUCCUUCCCAUAUUAGUCCUGUUGGAGGAUCCGUAUUGCUACAAAUGUUGAUCACAAUCACUUACGAAGAGAUAUUCAAAUGGGCUGAAUUGGAAGGAGAAAAAGAAAAAUCGGCAUCGAGCCAGCCUAACGGAGAUGCUCAUACUAUGCGUGGUAAAGCUAAUAGGCCUAGGUCUAAACAUGUCAGGAUUAUGAAUUUUGAUCAAACAACAACAUCCACAUCGCUGAGCUUCGACUCGUCGUCAAGUAGCGCGUCGUGCAUCGCCCUCGCCAUCGCGGAGGCGCUCUGCUCCAUCGACGAGGACGACAAACACACGCAGGAAAUAGAACAACUCAUAGCUCAGUCCAAACGGAAGGUGGUCCUAUCAAAUCAGUUUGGAUUGGAGGAUUUUCCAGAGUUCGCUGAAUUGUUUGAGGAGGGUGAUGUCCCUGGUUCAAACGCAGAACGUGCCAGCGAUGCAGCUGCUUUGACCAGCCAAAUACUGAUGACGCCACCGGGGAGAGACAGUCUUCGGGUGAUUUACGAACAUCUCCAGUUACAUUCCGAAUGGAUUUUUAAAAAACUGGGCAUACAAGAGUCGUGUGAUGUGGAUAUACCACUAAAUAAAACUCCGCUUUUGUACACCAUGUUUCAUAUUGGGAAACAACCGUUUGAUCAAUUUCUUCGAGGUGAAUGGCCACUGCCGUGGAGCAAACUAGUUUCAGUUGCUAAAAUGUGGUCGGGCAUAGAAGGUGCCAGGCUGCACAUAAACAGACGAACAGAUAUCAGGAGGAUGAAGAGUCAAGGGAAGUGUACGAAACAACUGCUGGAACUAUGCGCGUUAUUUAAGACUAACAACGAGGGAUUGUUGUAG